GGGAAGGAUGACGCAAAUAUAAAUUGCCAACUUUCAGUCAUUGCUGAGGUGGGACAGCGGGAUUUGUUCUUGUGCUUUGUUAGGUGUUGAUUGGAGGAUCUCAGAGAACAAUGUUUGACGUAAAAGCCUGGGCAGAGUACAUUGUUGAGUGGGCUGCCAAAGACCCCUAUGGCUUCCUCACCACUGUGAUCCUGGCUCUAACUCCACUAUUCAUAGCCAGUGCAGUGUUGUCAUGGAAGCUGGCAAGAAUGAUUGAGGCCAGAGAUCGAGAACAAAAGAAGAAACAAAAACGUCAAGAAAACAUUGCAAAAGCAAAGAGGUCAAAGAAAGACUGAGAGACUUGGGAAGGGCAAAACAACGGCACAUUUCUACAACUUUGAUUCCAAUUCCUUCCAUAAAGGAGUCUCGUUCUUUGUACAGAUUUUACAAGAGACGUUUAGCAACACUUAGAAACCCAGCAGUUCCUUGAGCUGUGGUAGCAAAGUUAAUGACUGGGAAGUGGGUGGGGGCGGGGGCAAAUAUAAAAUUGAAUUUAUUAAUCACUAGCAAUCUACCAUAAUAAUUAGUGUGUAUUAUGCUGUAGCCUGUCAUUGAACACUGUCACCAUCUAUUGUGAUAAUAUCCAGUUGUGUGUUUCUGUUACUACAGUAUGUCACCUGCUGGCUUUUUUUAACCAUUAACAUGUUUUUGUAAAAUUCAGUUUGCAAAGAUCUACAAUCUUCUGUUUUGCAUUGCAUCCCAUUUGCUACUCUUCAGAAUGCGUUCCUUGUACUGUGACAGACCGCACCCGUUUCUUUAGUAACUGGGGAGAAAACUGGUCUUUUGUCUGACCAAGUUUCAAAUGCUUUAAAACAAUAUUGCGUUAAUUUGCAAUACCUUUCCAGAUGUUCUUCUAUCAGAUUCCUUUAUUUUUUAAUCACUCUUGUCUUUAUCCUUUACAUACAUUCUAAACAACUGGGCUCUUGAUAAAUAUAAGUGGAAAAAAUUAAAGCAGGAGGCUGGGCUUUCAGAGAUUUGUGUAGCCUAUGAUUUAAUUUAAUAAUCCCUGGCAAAUUGACAGUUUACUCUUUACAGGAUGCCUAACAAGAAAAACAAGAAAUAUAUAAAAUCAGUUAAUAGUUUAAAAUUUUAAUAGUAAAGUGAGGAUUUUGUAAAUACUUGUUAACAUCGUAUGAAUGGAACACUUAUGAUUUUAAUUAAUAAUCUGCUAAGUGGUGAAGAGUCAACUUUUACGAAUUAUCAAAAACUCAAAACGCUACAGCUGUGGUUACCAAAUGAAGAAUACUGAAACAGUGAUAUGAAUUUAAUCAGCACCAGAAUUCUUAUAAUAUCCAGAGUACAUAAUUGAAAACCGUCACCACCUACGUGUACAUUUCAGUAUUAAGAUUUACUUCGGAUGUCAUGUUUUUGUUCUGAAUAUGCCUAAAGAAUCAUAAUAAAUCAAUUUCCUAGGUUAA